AUUUCUUCCGUAGAACCGGAGGCAGCUUCAAGUUUCCAUUUUUUCUUGGUUGAUGAUAAAGAAGAUGACAAUGGAAACCAAACCACAUACUGGUAACUACUUACCGCCAUUUCUCCGUUUGUCUUAGUUCUAGAGUUUGCAAAUCAAAAUCAACAGCUUUUAACUGCAUUCGGGUCGGGUUAACCCGAAUCAAAACCGACCCAACUUUAAACACGCGUAAUCAAUGCGGUGUUUACAUAUACUCGGGUAGGGUUUAAAUUUGGUUGUUCGGAAAAGAAAGGAAGAACAAAGGCAAUGGCUUUCUGGGGAACGGAAGUGAAACCGGGAAAGCCAUUUACACAGUCACCUGAUAACGAUGGAAGAGGAAGACUCCAUAUAUCGCAGGCAACGUUAGGUAGUGGUAAAGUAGGAUCAAAGAGUGUGACGGUUCAGUGUAAUGUAGGAAAUAGGAGUCCUGUUUUCCUUUGCUCUUUGUUUCCCCAAAGACAAGAAUCAUGUCAAUUGAAUUUAGAAUUCGACGAGCCUCAGGAAGUUGUUUUUUCAGUCAUUGGUCCCCGAAGUGUUCAUCUCACUGGUUACUAUCUACCCAGAACUGCCCACUACAGCCACAACGACGAGUCUGAAUCCUUUGGGGAAGAUAUUGCUAAUACAGAGACAGAAAGAUCUGAUGAUGUUAGUGAUGAAGAUGAAGAUGAAUAUGAAGAUAGUUUUAUUGAUGAUGGUGAUACAGAGUUUACCACACAUUCUCCUGUUUCUAGUGAUGGAGUGUUUGAGGAGAUGUCACAUAGAAGGAAACCUAAGAAUGAGAAGUUCGGCCGUAGACGACUUAGGAAGAAGUACCAACAGGGUCAGUCUGAUGAGGAGUGCCCUUAUCAGCAAAAUGCUAUUGUCAACGGUGGCACUUGUAUGCCAAGGCUGGAUGAAGAUGAAGAGGAGAUUCUCCUUUCUCCCUUCUAUAGAUCUUCUGCAAGGUGUAUAUCAGAAGCAGAAGAAAAUGCCAAGAAAGAAACAGGUGAGACAAUUAAUAAGGAGGUUGAAGACGAGGCAGAACGAAAAGCAGAUGCUGUUGUAGAUAGUGAGCUGAAAAGCCAGCCUGAUCAACAUGGAUCUAUUGUAUCUUCUGCUCAAAUAGGCUUGGAGAAUGGUGGUGUAAAGCCAAAGAAGAAAAAGAAAAAGCAAAUCAAAGAGGAGGAACAGGUUAAAGCUGGAAUUGAAGAUGAUUUUUUCUCUGGCACAGGUCUUAAAUGGGACAAGGCCAAGCCAAGUGAGACAACAGCUAAUAAAUCAAAUCAAGAUACGACUGUAAUAUGUGAAGAUAAAAAGAGGACUGAAAAUUAUAACCAGCCUGAUCAACAUGAGUCUCUCCUACCUUCUGCUCAAGUAAGCUCAGAGGAUGGUGUAAAGCCAAAGAAGAAAAGGAAAAAGCAAUCCAAAGUGGAGGAACAGGUUAAGGCUGAAAGUGAAGAUUAUUUCUUUGGCACUGUUCUUAAACGGGAAGUGAAGCAAAGUGAGACAAACGCUGGUCAACCAAAUCAAGAAAGCGAGACAAAAGCGGACCAAUCAAAUCAAGGUAUAACUGUAAUAGAUGAAGAUAACAACAGGACUGAAAGUGAUAACCAGCCUGAUCAACAUGAGCCUCUCCUAACUUCUGCUCAAUUAGGCUCAGAGAAUGGUAUAAAGCCAAAGAAGAAAAGGAAAAAGCAAUCCAAAGUGGAGGAACAGUUUAAAGCUGAAAGUGAAUAUGAUUCUUCCUUUGGCACAGUUCUUAAAUGGGAUAAAGCAAAGCAAACCGAGACAAUAGCUGACCGAUUGAACCAAGAUAGGACUGUAAUAGAUGAAGAUAACAAGACGACUGGAAGUGAUAACCGGCCUGAUCAACAUGAGUUUGUCCUAUCUUCUGCUCAACUAGGCUCAGAGAAUGGUAUAAAGCCAAAGAAGAAAAAGAAAAAGCAAAAGCAAACCAAAGAGGAGCAAAAGGUUAAAGCUCGAAGUGAAGAUGAAGUUUAUUUUGGCACAGGUCUUAAAUGGGAUAAAGCCAAGCAAAGUGAGACAAAAGCUGACCAAUCAAAUCAAGAUAUGACUGCCAUGGAUGAAGAUAGCAAGAGGGCUGAAAAUGAUAAGGUUGUUGACAAUAUUGCUGACCAAUCUGCUAAUGCAAAUCAUUCUCAAAAGAAAAAGAAGAAGAAAAAGAUUAGAACUCAGGAGAAUGGGGAGGCUUUGGAUAUGGAAGGAUCAAAGGAAAGAUCUUUUAUGGAGGUUGAAGACAAUGAUGCUGAUGAAAAUUCAUCUUGGCUUGGGACAUAUGGAUUAGUCAUGGAGAAGCUGGAAACAGGGAAACAAAAUGGAAAAAUUGCUGGUCCUGGGGAAAAGGCAAAGGAGGUGUCUUAAAUUCCUGGGAAUAUCUGGUGUUGAUGUUGUGGGAGUCCAAGGGAUGGUAUAUUCAGAUUAGCGAAAGGGACGACUUCGAUUUUUCCGGCAGAAUCAGAUAUGUCUUGCAUUUUUGGCUCUGGUGAACUCAAAAUUUCUGAAAGUAUCAAAGGUUGAGAAUGAUUGUCUUUUUGGAAUAAAGUGAUCUAAGGUGUUUCUUUUUCUUUGUUAACUCCAUUAGCCCAACCAAUGUAAAAGCUUAUGGGGUGUGUGUGUCUAUAUAGUAUGAAAGUAGCAGCAAAAUUUUAGAAAACUACUGGAAUUGGUUCACCAUUUUUAUGUAAGGAUUUAUAGAAAACUAUCUAAAAGAAAAAAAUUAAUUUUGUGCUGCUUGAGAUGAACAUAGAAACUAAAUAAAAAACAAGGUUUUAGGUGCUGGUAUCGCAUUCCA